AUGUUCGGAGCCCUCAAUCGAUUCAUCGGCCGGCUGGAUUCCGAGCCCGUCCAUCAUUCCCGAUCCCCUACCGGCGGCGAUGGUGCCUUUGGGUUUCAAGUGCUCCGCAACAAGGAUGCCGAAUUACCUCUGGAGCCUUGGUUUGACUUCAUAAUUGGCAUUAACGGCCGACUGAUUGAUGAUCCAGACCCGAACCUCUUUGCCAUCGAAGUGCGCAACUGCGCCGGGUCCAAUGUGACCUUUGAGAUCUGGAGCGCAAAGGGUCAAAAAACGCAUAGAGUGUCCAUCCCCGUCUCACCCGACAACCCCACCCUCGGCCUCGCACUGCAGUUGGCUCCUCUUUCGUCGACGCAGAACAUCUGGCAUGUGCUGAACAUUCCCUCUCCGCUCAGCCCGGCAUACCGUGCAGGACUGCUCCCACAUUCGGACUACAUCAUUGGAACGCCUAGUGGAACGUUACGAGGCGAGUCUGCGCUGGGGGAGCUAGUGGAGGAUCAUCUGAACAGGACGUUGGUGCUGUGGGUGUACAACAGCGAGUUCGACGUUGUACGCGAGGUGGAACUGGUGCCCACCCGUGGCUGGGGCGGCGAGGGCGCACUGGGUGCUGAGUUGGGGUUCGGCGCAUUACACAGACUACCCGUUGGGUUGGGCGAGGAGGUCGAAGGCCCGGGGGAGGUGGUGUUCGAGACGCGCGACGACGGCACAUCAGCUCCCCUGAUGAAUCCUGCUCAGUAUGCUGCAGGAGUACCUGCUCCCGCGGGGGGUAAUUUCAUGGUCCCCGUGGACAUGACCUCACCCCCGCCCUUGUCCUCCCAAGCGCGCACCGAAUCUCCUGUGAACCCGCCUCGCGGGACGCGGCGUGGGGGAAGGGCGCGUCAUGCGGCGCUUUCGCCCAACAGUUUUGACGAUUACUUCGCCGAGGGCGAGCAGAAGAGCAAAGAGCAGGAUUUUGCGCCGUCCCGGAAGGGAACGCCGCUGCCUCCUCCGCCCAAGGCGGGCGUUAAGUCUCCUCCGCCCAGUACAAGUAGCCCGGCGCCUGCAGAGGGCGAACCACAGGAGAGUUAG